UGUACGGAAAAUAUUGUAUUCCACUCUUUCUCCUUGGCUUACUGGCCAGAACAAUGGCUUCUCCAGUUCAACCAAUUGACAACAAUACGAACUUUACAGUUUACUCUCCAACUAACGCGGCCCUUGGACCCAGACCUCUAUUCACGCAAAUUGGUAACAAAUUCUAUUUUAUUGAAACUGAGAUAACAAAAAAUUGGCAUGAUGCCUAUGCCACAUGUCGUCAGAUGGGAGCCCAUCUUAUAUCCUUCAAUACAGCAGACGAAUGGGUUGCAGUAACCAAUUACCUUGUGAAAAAUAAAAUUAUUUCGGACAUCUGGACAUCUGGCAGUGAGUUGGCGAUUCAAGGAAACCACGUUUGGUUUCCCACAACAGAUCCAAUAGCUUUGAAUUUGUGGAAGCCCGGAGAACCAAAUAAUAGGGAUGGGGUCGAACAUUGCGAUGUUAUGACGCACGAUGGAUCGGUAUUCACAGGAUUAAAUGAUGUACGAUGUGAUCGUUUUUUUAAGUAUAUAUGCCAGUUAUCUAAUUAAUAACUUUUGAAUGCUGCCUUCAUGUGGCCAAUCACUUUAAAUGGAAUUAAACUAUGAAUCCAAAAAAAAAUCGU